CACAUGCAUGUAUAUAUGCAUAUGAAGUAAAAAGUUAACAAAGACUCUCAUCUUUGAAGACAACAACAACAAAGAGGGGGAUUGUACGGUGGUUGCGGAUGAUGAGGUGCCUCGAUUGUGGUAACAAGGCAAAGAAGGAUUGUUUGUACUACAGGUGUAGGAGUUGCUGUAAAGGACAUGGAUUUAAUUGUCAAACCCAUGUCAAGAGCACUUGGGUUCCGGUUUCUACCAGACAGAUUCUUGUACGAAACUCAACAACAACUUCUUCUAUUGAACAACAACAAAUAAAUCUUUCAUUGUCAUCUGGGAUUGGAGGACAUUUUCCGAUGGAGGUGAGUGGUGAAUCUACAUUUACAUGUGUACGAGUGGCAACAACUUCAAGAGAAAAUGAAGUUGUGGAUCAAUAUGCAUAUGAAACAUCCAUAAACAUAGGAGGACGUAUAUUUAGAGGCAUUCUAUAUGAUCAAGGGCCUUAUAUUCCAACGAUGGAUUUUCAAGACAUGAAUGUAAAUGCGGGAGAUCAUCGUCCAACCUAACUCACAAAGGUUAAUAAAUCUAGGCCUUUAUUAUAUCAUUAGAGAACUCACAAUUCGUUGAACUCUCUAAAGAUUGACAUAUAGCGAUUUUAUUUUCUAUUUUACAUUAUUAUUUUUUC